AAACGGAUUUAUCAGGACGAACAUUAUCAACGUCCGUAUGAGUUUCCGCGAUGGCGUUCGAAUGAUGCAUUAUCAGCAUCUCUGUUUGCUUCUCACGAGAAUAUCACAAUCCCAGUCGAUAGCAAUGUGCCUGAACGCCGACUGAGAUUGAUGGAAAAAACUGAACAAAACGCUAGAGCUGACAAAGUAGGAGUACGCUUAUUUGCUGAGGAACUACAUCGCAAAGCUUACGGUGAGCAAAGAAAGUUGGGCAGAAGCAGCUCACUUAGUGCAAGCAUGCUACAGCUCGACUACGAACCAUGGUACGAUAGAAAAGCAAUACGUAAAAACAUUAUUCAUGAAUCGAUUGCAAAUUCGAAGGAAACAAGAAAACGGUUUGAGAGCGAAAGCGAUUUGAUUUUAUCCAAAGCAAUCCCAAUAAGCAGUGAUUUUCAGAGGCAGAAAUCUCCAAAAGCAGCGCAACAUAACAGAGAAGUUUUUGCAAAGGAAACGGAUCUUGCAUUGGGUUAUAGACGGCCUAACGGUAUUUUACUGUAUGGCUUAAGCAACCGAGAACAGCAAAUAUUAUCAUUUUUUAAGGAGAAUAUGGACGUCAUUCAUGAUCUUGGUAUUACUAUUCCACGACCGCUACAAGCACUUAUGGAUGGCAAUGGAAGGACAGAGGAAGAACGGUCAGCUGCAGAACUGCUGUAUCAGUACGACAGCGAUACUGCUGUUCAGCACCAUUCCUGGGAGAAAACAGACGACAACAGGAAAGAAACUAAUUACUCGGACGAUGAUUAUGCAAGAACUGUAUGA